CGAAAAGCAAUUUCUAAUAAGUGCAGCGCGUGAAUUAUCAAAUCGUCCAAAUUCAAAGGGUGAAAAAUGUAAUUACCAACAAUUUGUCUUAUUCAAUCAGAAGGAGUUGAUAUUUCGGUAUGUGGGUGGGCUUUCCUUCCUGCUAUUGGUGUUUACAGUUUGCAAUAUCGUUGUAAAUGGAAUGGAAGAAUUCUUACCCAAUUCUCCAUUAACACAAUUCUUCAUUUAAUCUAUGAGCAUGAAAAUUCUCAUCAACAUUUGAUUUCAGUUUAUAGCCUGCAUCCAGAUUCAGUUCGUCUCAACUAUAUCCACAGCAAUUACGCAGACAGCAAUCUUCGAGUUCGAGUUGUUCAGAGAAAAACAUACCUCAGCCGCAUAAGAUGGCGGCGAUGGCUCAACUCUGCUGCUCUCCGCUUUCCGGCCACCGUUGCCUCAUCACGACAUCCAGCAGCUCCGCCGCUUCACAUUCCCUCCCCUUCUCCCAGUGCACUAAAAUCAAGUUCUCAAACCCUAAUCUCGAAUCCAAAUUAAGUACACCGCACGCCGCCGGAGGCGGCAAUGCCGGAAUUAACAGUGGGGGCGGGGGCGGAGGUGGCGACAACGGCGGCAGUGGCAGCGAAGGGAACUCUGGCUUCGGACCAAUAGGAGCCUUCUUAACCGGAUGGAGAGAGAGAGUCGCCGCCGAUCCGCAGUUCCCUUUCAAGGUGGUGAUGGAGGAGCUAGUAGGUGUUAGUGCGUGCAUUGUGGGCGACAUGGCGUCGCGCCCUAAUUUCGGGCUGAACGAGCUCGAUUUCGUGUUCUCCACCAUUGUAGUAGGCUCGAUUUUGAAUCUGCUGCUCAUGUACAUAUUAGCCCCAACCUCGUCUUCGCUGAGCCAGAGCCUGCCGUGGAUCUUCGCGGGGUGUCCGGCGAGCCACAUGUUCGAGGCCGGCGGGUUCACGGUGAUGGAGAGGCUGGGCACGUUCGUGUACAAGGGCGCGGUGUUCGGCGGGGCCGGGUUCGUGGCGGGGCUGGUGGGGACGGCCAUCUCGAACGGGUUGAUCGAGCUGAGGAAGAAGGUGGAGCCGGAAUUCGUGAGGCCGAACAAGGCGCCGCCGACGCUGUUGAAUGCGUCGGCGUGGGCGGUGCAGCUGGGAGUGAGCAGCAACUUGAGGUACCAGGUGCUGAACGCGGUUGAGUUUAUACUGGCCAAGAGGCUGCCCUUGAAUGUGUUCAAGUCGUUGGUGGUGCUGUUGAGGUGCUUCAACAAUGUGCUCGGAGGGAUGUCGUUCGUGGCCGUUGCGAGGUGGACGGGCUCGCAGAUUGUUGAGGGAGAGGGAGAGGGGAGGAAGAUUGACUGAGCCACCAUUUUUGUUUUCCUGCAGGUUUAGUGCUUACAUAUUAAUGUGAUUUUGCUACCUACUUGAAAUUACAUGACAUGGUUGGGGAAGUGGUUGUGUUCUGUUUUCUUGGUUUUAAGCAAUGGUGGAGGACUAUACAUACUCCUAUUAGUAACGAUACGGGCAAACCCAAUUUUAACUCGGUGUCUUGAUUAGUGUCUAUGAAAUCAGAAAUUUUCUCACAAAUGCAAAAUUUCACGGCAUAGUGUGCAAAUAUUGGUUUUUGUUUUAA